UGUGACCAUCAAAGAAACAUUUUCGACGACCUUGUGGAACACUACCACUGCAACGGCUUAUAAGGUCAUAACUUCGACGAAAACUGCCACAUCGCAUGUCCCUACCCCUUCACCGACGACGGAGACUUCUUACGUGCCUACUCCCUCGCCCACGACGGACACGACUUAUGUGCCUACCCCUUCGCCGACGACGGAGACAUCGCAUGUCCCUACCCCUUCACCGACGACGGAGACAUCGCAUGUCCCUACCCCUUCGCCGACGACGGAGACGUCUUAUGUGCCUACCCCUUCGCCGACGACGGAGACGUCUUAUGUGCCUACCCCCUCGCCUACGACAGAUACGUCUUAUGUGCCUACCCCCUCGCCCACGACAAAGACGGACACGUCUUACGUGCCAACAACAAUCAUCUCGCCAACGACUGACAUUUCCAUCGUGCCGACUACCAUCACCAAGGCACCGAACCCAUGCCCAACAACAUGCACCGCGUAAGUCUUCUCAUCUUAAGAAUCCAUAAGAAAACCUUGCAAUAGAAUAAUCACUAACGCUGCAAAAGCUCUGCCGGCACUGUGAACCUGUUCUACUGGCCAACCGACGGCCACAGUUACCCAACCACCUAUGUCAACU